CUCUCAUCCCACUUCGCAUCGUCUCCUCCUUUCUUCUAUCCGCAGAGCAAAUAAUCAAAGAUUAUGCCGUCGCUCUGAUCCGCUGCUCUAUCGUCAUCGACCUGCGCGCUGUGCUGCUCUCCUCCAGAACCCAGAACUCCAUCCCGCCGACAUCGCAGAUCGCCCACGGUCGCAAUCGCCGUAGCAAUUGUGCCAUUCCGUUCUGCCAUGGGCGUCUUCAGGUCUCGGAUCCGCAGCAAUUCUCAUCCAACAGACUUGGCACGCCAUCCUGACGAUUCGCUUGUCGACGAUCAAGCUCCCGAGAGCUCCUCCGGUGCAGAUCCCAUUCCGGACUCUGUCAACCGCCACGCUGCUGCUUCUCCCCAGCGCAUUGAACGAGGUGGCAGCUUGAGGACCCCGGGACGCUCUUUUCACCAUGGCUCCAUAUUUAGCUCCAUGGAUCCGGCUCAAUAUUCCUCGCAUGGAGUGCGAGAACAGACGGCGGAACUUGCUUCCUUUGCCCUUUCGUUGAAUAGCCAGUCGCUUCCUAACGAGCAGCCCUCUAACGUGAGUAUCUUCGAUCACAAUCGGCAGGUUGACGGUUCUGUCUUGGAUGAAACUGGUAGCUCGGUUUCGACUGUUAGACCAGUAGGUGCGGCGGUUCCUGUUCUCAGUCCACCGGCUUCUGGAUCUUCCGCUCUGACGGAGAUGAUCCGUAACCCUGAUACGGAUCCAAGCGGCCGUCGACGUCGCGAGAGCUACCGUCGUGAUAGUUGGAGUAUUCCGCGCGAAGAUGCUGCUUCUCCUCUGGCCAAGGCUAGUACUGAUGAGCCAACUCCCGUGACUGAGAGCACAUCCUUGCUAGCAAAGAAGCCGCAUUCGCAUGCUCACCAUGGGUACGGACUCAUUGAUGAUGUUGAAAACCAGGGAGUUUCCGGUGGAGGAAAAGCACCGAAUACAUUAGCGCGGGCCAUCUCUAAUGCUUCCAAGUUUACCCGUCUACUAUGCAGCCCGAAGUCUUGGAAUAGACGCGCCUUAUGGCAAGAGGGCGUGGUGUAUCCCGCCAGUCUCCUUCCCUCGGUACUGCUCGGGCUCCUGCUUAACGUGCUCGAUGCUUUGUCUUACGGGAUGAUCCUCUUCCCUCUGGGAGAGCCAAUGUUUUCCGACCUAGGAUCGGACGGGAUCUCGAUGUUCUACGUCAGCACGAUUGUAGCUCAGCUAUUUUUCUCAUGCGGGGGUUCUAUCUUCAAAGGUGGAAUCGGAAGCGAGAUGAUCGAGGUCGUUCCUUUCUUCCACAAGAUGGCAUUUAUGGUCCUCGAACGCGUUGGCGAGGACAACCCGAGAGCCGUCCUUGCAACUACCAUCCUGUCGUUUUCCAUCAGCUCCGUCCUCACUGGCCUCGUUUUCUUCUUGAUGGGCACGUGCAAGCUUGGGUCUCUCAUUGGCUUCUUCCCUAGACAUAUCCUAAUCGGUUGCAUCGGAGGCGUUGGAUUCUUCCUCGUAGCCACAGGUAUUGAGGUAUCGGCUCGACUGCCCGGUCCUCUCGAGUAUAACCUCGAAACGCUGAAAAAGCCCAUCCUGGAAACGGACACCUUAGCUCUUUGGACGAUACCCUUGUUCCUUGCCAUUGGCCUUCUUGUUUUGAAGCGCUUCAUUCAAGCAAAUUUUCUUGUUGGGGCUUAUUUCAUUGCUGUUGGGAUAAUAUUUUACGUCGUCAAAUUUAUCAUCGGUGUGCCGAUGGAUACCCUGCGUGACAAUGGAUGGGUAUUCGCCGCUCCAUCAUCGUCGAAUCCUUGGUAUCAUUUCUAUACUCUAUAUGACUUUUCGGUUGUCAACUGGGUUGCCCUAGCUGAUACGGUCCCGGCUAUGUUUGCCCUCACGUUCUUCGGCGUGCUUCACGUUCCUAUCAACGUCCCGGCUUUGGGCAUCUCCACUGGCGAAGAUAACCUCAAUGUUGAUCGAGAGCUCAUGGCGCAUGGCGUGACGAAUGCUUUGUCUGGAUUCCUGGGUAGUAUUCAGAACUAUCUCGUUUAUACCAAUAGCCUGCUAUUCAUCGACAGUGGAGGAAAUUCCCGUCUGGCAGGAGUGUUGCUUGCCUUUGCUACCGCGGGAGUUCUUGUCGUCGGGCCCGUUAUCAUCGGAUUCAUCCCAGUCAUGGUUGUCGGUGCUCUAAUUUUCAUGUUGGGGAUUGAAUUGAUGGAGGAGGCUCUGGUUGACACAUGGGGUAAGCUGCAUAGGCUUGAAUACUUGACGGUGGUUAUAAUUGUGGUGACGAUGGGGGCGUGGGAUUUCGUUGUCGGAAUCCUUGUCGGUAUCAUCCUUGCUUGUGUAAGCUUUGUUGUCCAAACGUCGCGCAAAUCCGCCAUCAGAGUUACGUACUCGGGUGAAGUUGCAGGGUCUACUGUCAGGAGGCCGCCAAUCCAGCAGCAAUAUUUGAGAGAGGCAGGGCAACAGACGCUUAUCAUGAAGCUUGGCGGCUACCUGUUUUUCGGAACAAUUGUUAAGGUGGAGAAUACGAUGCGAGGACUUAUAGAGGAGGAAGCUUUCAAUCGACGGCCCAUUCGAUUUCUCAUUCUAGAUUUCUCGCGAGUCUACGGCUUGGAUUUCUCCGCCGCCGAAGCGUUCACGCGCAUCAACCGGAUUCUGCGGAAGCGAAACGUGCACAUGGUGAUCUCGGGGUUGGACGUCGAAGGCGAUGUUGGUAAAAGCUUACAGAACGUCGGCCUGUUUGAGGCCGGCCCAGGCUGUGUGGAGAUAUUUGAGGAUCUUAACUCGGGGCUCGAAUUCUGCGAGAACGACUAUCUCAAAGUCUUCUACAGUCAUCGAGAAGCCCUAUUGAACCGGGAGGAUAUGCCUUCCUCCAAUUUCUUGGAAGUCCCUGGGGGUCAGCCGACCCAGGCGUCUUUAGUGGACGCCAUGGUGGGCUCGCCACGUCGCCAGUACUUGCAACAGGUGGCCACGACAACCCUCCGCGAAAAUGAGUCCGCGGUCCGGCUGCCGCCGACGUGGUCAUCGAUGCGACAGCCUCUGCCACUCCUCCUCCAGACCUUCCGAGGAUUGACAUUGGAAACGGAAGAUUUCUGGUUCCCCGUGUGUGCGUAUUUCGAGCGAGAGAAUUAUGCGGCGGGGGCGACACUGUACUACGAAGGCGACAUCCCGAGAGGCUUCUACCUUCUCGAGUCUGGGAUGUUACGAGCCGAGUACGACCAGCCACAGGGACGGUUUUCCGAGCUCAUCGCGGCGGGGGGACCGUGCGGUGAACUACCGUUCUUCAGCGAGACGAGACGCACGGCCACGGUCAAAGCGGAGCAGAACUGCGUGACAUGGUGUCUGAGUGUGGAGAGGUGGCAUGAGCUCCGGGAACGGGAGCCGCGAAUUGCUCGGGAGUUGCUGACGGUUAGUCUGAAGUUGACCGUGGAGAGAAUGGAUAGCAUCACAAGUUAUGUUCUUACCAAGGCGGCUUGACGGUGCAACCACGCGAACUGUUUUUGCUUUUUUUUUUUUUCUUGCCCGGGGGGGAAGGGAACUCUCCGGUGGGCGGCAAUGUUUUUGCAUUUACAUGGUGUUGAUAUAUUUUGGUUGAAAUUAGGAGAGUGUAUCAGUUAGAUGGAAAGGACUAUCGAAUCUGCAGGUGAGGUCAUCUUGGCCGUACUCGGUUUAGCGAGGGAUCUUAGAAAUGGUCAUGUACUUCAUAGUUACCAAUAUACUAGGUACGUAGCAUGUAUGUACAGUAACCCACCCAAAAAAGAGCAAUCUUCCCAAUAAAAGGGAACAGUAGCAGGGGGCGUCUAUUGAGUUGAAUUUUGAGUGAUGGGGGAAGAUCAGUGGCCAGCGGCGAGAAAGCAUGCAAGGAUCUGCACAGACGUUGUCGCAACUCUUAAGCCGGCGGGGGCUAUGAUUCGGCCAGCUAUUUAUAUAGACUUAGUAUUAGUAUCAGUACAAUUAUGAGACGGUCCAACGAAGACUGAUCCAUAGAAAGGAAAUGAUAAUUCAGGGAUAG